AUGUAGCAAUUAAUUCUUAUAAUAUAUUCACUUUACUAAUUUAUCAGCUAAUUAAUUUACAAGAAAUCAAUUAAUUAAAUAGAUAAAAGUAAAAAUACUUUCAAUCAAACUCUAAAUUUAAUUCAAUAAUAACAUCAAAAUUAAAAAUUAGCCAUUAUAUUUAAAAUGAUUUUAGCUUUAAAUCAAUUGAUUGGAUAUAUACAAAAAGACUCAAAUUCGAUAAGCAAUCAAAACCUGAUAUUAGAGGAGUAAAAAUUUUACUCAUUUGAAAAAUUUUUCUCUGAAAAAGAAAACUUAUCUAAUUUUUCUUACUUGAGCUUAUGCUUUGGUUAGUAUAUCGGAAAUGACUAAAUAGUUGAAUUAGGUUAACAAUUAAUGAAGUGUAGAUAUACUAAAAACUUAACAAUAGAUUUAAGUUAAAAUAAUGUCUCAUUAGUAGGCUUUUAAAGUCUAUAAAAAGGGUUAAACAACUGCUUAAAUUUAGAAAAUUUAGUGCUUUUUUUUAAUAAUAGAAAAAUAAAUCCAUAAAAAAUUUCUUGCAUAUUAUAGAGCUUUCAAAGUAUGAAAAAUCUGACUAAUUUAACAUUAAAUCUUAAUAAAACAAAUUUCGAUGAAGAGUGUACAAUCUUUUUAGGUGAAAAUCUUGCUAAAUGCUCAAAUUUAAUUAAUUUAAACUUAGAUUUAGGUUAAAAUUAAAUUAGAAACUCUACUUAGCAUAUUGGAAAAAAUUUAGUCCACUGCAAAUAGCUAGAAUAAAUUAGAAUCUGGCUUGACUAAAAUAGUAUAAGUGAUGAUGGCAUUUCUAAUUUUUUAGAAAAAUAUCCAAAAAUUAAUGUACUUUAACUUUAUUUAGCAAAUAAUAGAAUCUCAUUUAUAGGUGCAGCUUCUCUAAGUUAGCAAAUUUCAGAAUACAAAAGGCUUUCUGUUUUGGUUGUUAAUCUUUACCAAAAUUAAGUAGGAAAAUUUGGAAAAAUUAAAAUAAAAAGAGCAGCUUAUAAACUACCAAGAUUAGUAAAUUCAAAUUUAUUACACUGCUGA